AUGGCAUUCCACGACUGUAUCUCGACACCAGCGGCCAAGAGAUCCGCGUUUGGGCGCACGGCGGGCGCGCUAAAUGCCACGCGGGCUGGAUGCUACCCGGCCAAACGACAGCUCGGUGAUGUCACCGUCGUGACCGGCGGUAUCAGCGGUAUCAGCAUGCAGCUAACGAGACGCUUCCUGCCGCUAGGGUGCCCGCGCAUGAGACAGGAGACGUCUUUCCGAACUCUGGAGUGGAGGAGAGACAUUGUUCCAAGUCCCAUGGCAAACAAGAUGCAUGAUUACUCGUACGAUAGUGCAGAUAGUAACAUUCGCACUCAUGGCUCGCAGUAG